AUGGGAAACCAAUUCUAUGUAGACGACUAUGUGGUAGGAGCACAGACCGUCGAGGAAGCCCAGGCUAUGUGUGAUACAGUGGCUAUGAUACUAAGUGAAGCGGUAAUGCAUCUUCGCGAAUGGACAACUAAUAGCCGCGAGUUACGUCGAGUAGCAGACGAAACGUCAGUGCACCCUGACAUCCACUUCGAACCGACGAACGCGAGCAAGGUGUUGGGUGUGCUCUGGAACCCAGACACCGACACUUUACACUUCGAAGUGUUCAGCUUGAUCUUGUUCAUCCUGUCAGCAAAAUGGACUAAAAGACUGGUACUUCAAGCGACGUCGCGCAUUUAUGAUCCCUUUGGGCUUUUAUCGGCGUUUGUAAUCAAAGCCAAAAUAUUGUUUCAAAGAAUUUGGCAACGCGGUAUAGAGUGGGAUGACCCGCUACCCGAAGACAUUCAGCAAGAAUGGGAAGAUGCCAGCAAGGUAGCUUACGGAGCUGCUAUUUACGCCAGGGCCCAAGAUGGAAAUGGAAAUUUGGACGUCAGACUCGUCAUCUCGAAGUCACGAGUGGCCCCGAUCAAAGAUGGAUGGGGAGACGUUAGUUUUCACGGUUCCACCCAAAUACCAACGCCAAAUAUCGAUGUCCUGGCGGGAGAUGGUGUCAUACUCAACAACUAUUACGUGAUGCCGCUCUGCACUCCAUCCAGAGCUGCCCUGAUGACUGGGUUAUAUCCAAUUCACACAGGCAUGCAGUCUAGCGUUAUCCUGGACGCUGCCCCGUGGGGCCUACCACUGGAAAUAAAGAUCCUGCCGCAGCAUUUCAAAGAUUUGGGCUACGAAGUGAACAUGAUCGGCAAAUGGCAUCUGGGGUUCUACAAAACAGAAUACACUCCGACCAGACGAGGUUUCGACAGCUUCUUUGGAUUUUAUACAGCUUACAACGAUUACUACAAUCACACCGCUGGAAUGGACCACAUUGGAUACGACUCCAGAGACUACGAGACGCCAAUCUUGAAUGAGACGGGAUAUUACAAUACCCAUCGCUUUACAAACAGAUUUCGUUCUCUCGUUGGAAACCGCAACAAAUCAAAGCCCUUUUUUUGCUACUUCAGUCACCAGGCAGUGCACGGUGCGUUGGAGACGGAACCUUUUCAAGCUCCCGCACGCAAUGUUCUCAAGUUUCCCUAUAUAGGAGAGACGAACAGGACAUUAUACGCGGGAAUGCUAGACGCCCUUGACGAGUCCAUCGGGAGUAUUGUCGAGGCCCUGGACAACGCCGGAAUGCUUGAGGACACCAUCAUCGCCUUCAGUUCGGACAACGGCGGAUCUCCGUACGGGCUGCAAUCCAACCGUGGCUACAACUGGCCACUCCGGGGAGCUAAGUUCACUCUUUUUGAAGGCGCUAUCCGAGUUCCGGCCUUCGUCUGGAGUUCAAAGCUCGCAAAGAUGCCCCGGGUCUCUGAUCAACUUAUGCACAUCAGUGACUGGCUCCCGACGCUCUACUCGGCAGCAGGCGGUGACGCGUCUACUCUCGGCGCGAUGGAUGGAGUCGACAUGUGGCUUUCCCUGACCCGCGGCUCGGCGUCUCCGCGCAAAGAGCUUCUCCUGAACAUUGAUCCAAUGCACGACAGCGCGGCACUGCGCUACAAGCAGUACAAACUUGUCGUGGGCCUAGGUACCGAUAACGACUUGCCUGGGCACUAUCACUUUCCCGGUGGCAAGCGACCGACAAAUGACGUCCCUCAUCUAAGAAGGAACUCCAAAGUGGCGCAGGUACUCAGGAAGUUCUACUUGAAGCAGAACCGACUUUGGUGGCCACUGCCCUGGAGGAAGAACGUCGUUGUGGACUGUCGAAGGAAUCAGUUGACCGACAAAUUCGUUCCUCACCAGCCCCCGUACCUUUUCGAUAUAAAGCAUGAUCCCUGCGAACUCAACAAUUUGGCAGGAACACAUAAAAAUACACUUCGUUUCCUGAUGACGAAGUUGGACGCCUACAACGCCACCAUGGUGCCACCUCUGUUUCAGCCCGAGGACCCCAGAGCAUUCCCCGAAUAUCACGGCGGCAUCUGGUCUCCGUGGCUAGAUUAA